UUCUCGUCGCCACAAGAACGCAGCAUGAACUUAAUGUUGACGUCUUUGAAAAGGUUUUGUCGUUUAUAGAGGGUUUCAGAAAGACUGACAGUUGUCUGGGGAAGAAUUGGUGCGAUGCAUCCACUAUUACAGAAUUACAACAUGAAAGACUCAACCAAUACUUACAAACAGUCUAAAGAAAUUGCCAGUUAUGUAGUGAAGAAGCAACUAGGGCAAAAACAAAAAUGGAAUAACAUAGGGGAGAAAAUGUAUGAACUAUGUACGAAGAUGCGAUUAAAACACGAACCAUUUUUCAAUGGUGUUAGUACUCGUCUUGGCAUUACGAGAAAUACAAUUUUAGAAACGUGUAAAUCCGUUCAGACUGAAAUACUAAACGAAGGAUGUAGUUUUGGAAGAAUAGUGUCAUUGUAUACAUUUUGUAUGGUUUUAUGUGAACAUUGUGAUAAAAAUGACUAUUUAAGUGAUAAAAUUGACGAGGUUAUUAAUAUCACUGUAGAAGUUUUACUAGAGAAUCAAUCCUGGUUUCAAAAGAAUGGGAAUUGGGAUGGAUUUUUAGCAUUUUUUACAAGCCCGAAAGAUAAAUUAUGGAAGGGACUAGCUAUAACUACUGUAGGACUAGGUGCAGUAGCUGGAAUAUUCUACGUCAACUCUUGAUAAAUGCUAAACAUUGCUUCUGUUAUGCAUGUCUUGCAUGCCCUGGUUACGCAUGUCUUCACGAGCUGGAUAUCAAGGUUCAAGAUUUCAAAAGUCCAACUUUCCAUAACGUUGUGGGUGUGGUCCUUUCAAAGAAAAAAAAUGUUAUGUUUUGUCAUGUUUUUGUUUUGAUAUAGUAAUACAAUGCCAUGUUUUUAUACGUCAUCAAUGUCAACAAAAAUUUAUGUCAACACUUUUUUCCUGCUUGUUAUAUGCUGAUUUGAUGUGAUAAAACAAAGCAUUUUUUUACUCUGUCCACAUGUCCACAUUCUUAUAAAACUGACAAACCCUUGUUAUUCCCAUUGGUAAAAAUAUAUAUGUAUAUAUUUUGUACUUAUAUAUUUUAAAAAAAUGAAACAAUUUAUUAAAAUUAACAUAAAGUAACAAAUUUAUUGACGAUGGCCAGUGCUGGAAGCUGAUCAAGAUGUCUUAUUUUAUUUUCUUUAUUUUGAUUUGCUGAGAUUUUCCCUUUUAAUUUUUAAUCAUAAACAAAAUAUUUACCUUCUGUUUAACAUAAUAGCAACAAUAUAAGCACUGCGCUGAUUUUUUUUAUGUUUUUAUUCACGUAGGAGCUGGCUCCUCAGUCCGCUUUUGUUAUAAAGUUAUUUUCUGCGAUUUCUUCCUAAAAUAUUAUCCAAAAAUUUUCUGUUUUAAUUUUUUUUUGUUAUUCUGGGGAGUAUAUUCUAUCAUUUUGUUGAUUUUUACAAUUUUGUGUUUGUGCUUAAAAAGUAGAAAACGGUUUGUUUACAACAUCUUUUGUUUUUGUAAGCACCAUGUGCUAAAAUUUAUUGAGGAGGGGAGAGAGAGUAUAAUUGCAAUGUUAAAGGCCCCUCAACAAAGGAAAGAAGAUGUUCAGUUAUGUUACCACAGCAUGUCAAUGGUAGGACAGACUAUCAUUUGGCUUUAAUACCCUGUCGCACUCUUAGGCAGAUUUUAAUCGCAAGAUGUUAAUUUUAUGAUAUCAAAAAUCUCUUGAAUUUUUUUAACAAAUCUUUUGUUAAAACAGGUUUUACGAGUUUACUGAUGUUAUAACAGGAAUCACCGGCUUGUUUUUCAAUUAAGUUUAGUUUUGACGUCAUAAAACAUAAUUAUAGUAUUGUUUUUUGAUUAAGUGUUACCCAGAGGAUGAUUUAAUAAUACUAAAGAUCACAAAUUCUUUUUUAAUUACAAAUCGUUUACAUGUUUUGUCUAUCUUGAUAUUUUGAUGUAAAAAGUCACGUUUAGUAUGCUAUUUUGUAUGUGAUUGUAACAUAUCUGUCAGUGUAAAUCGAGUAAAAAACAACCGAAUUUGUUGUAUAUUUAUAACCAUGUAACUCUUCGUAAUUUUUUUAUUAUUAAAUAGAAAAGGCCCUCCUAACUUUUGACACAA